CAAAAAUCCCACAAUGCACUGCAGUUGUCACCCCCCCCUUCAGGCUAAAGUGAAUUAUAUUUUAUUACAUCUGAGAGUGAAUAACUUUAAAUAUAUCGCUUAGUUUCAUCAGAUAUCUCCGACAGCUGUUGUUCGUGUCUUCAACCUCCCGGCCUGUGGCUGCGGGAUCAGGAUUUCAGUUUAGGAUGGAUCCAGAAUAUGAACAUCGCCUCCUCCGCCAAAUCAACAUUCAAAAUGACAACUUGAGCCCUGUUAAACUGACACAGAGUCGGACACCCACCUGCUCCCCAUUAUCGUCACCCAGUAAACUUGGAGACAGAUUCAUACCGACCAGAGCGGGAGCGAACUGGAAUAUCAACUUCCACAGAAUAAAUGAAAAUGAGAAGUCACCAAGUCAGAACAGAAAAACCAAGGAUGCCUCUUCUGAUAACAUCAAAGCAGAUGGGCUGGCCUACUCUGCUUUGCUGAAAAAUGAGCUGCUGGGAGCAGGAAUAGAAAAGAUCCAAGACCCCCAGACAGAAGACCGGCGUCUACAGCCAUCAACCCCAGAAAAGAGAAGUCUCUUCACUUAUUCACUAAAUACCAAAGGGUCAUCACCAGACAAUGGUACCAACAUCUCCCCGUACUCUCUAUCACCUGUCAGCAACAAAAGUCAGAAAUUGCUGCGUUCACCAAGAAAGCCAACUCGCAAGAUCUCAAAGAUCCCUUUUAAAGUCCUGGAUGCUCCAGAGCUACAGGAUGACUUUUACCUGAACUUGGUGGACUGGUCGUCUCUCAACGUGCUCAGUGUCGGGCUGGGUACAUGUGUUUACCUGUGGAGUGCCUGUACCAGCCAGGUAACAAGGCUGUGUGAUUUAUCAGUGGAAGGAGACUCAGUCACAUCAGUCGGGUGGUCUGAAAGGGGUAACCUGGUGGCAGUGGGGACUCACAAAGGCUAUGUUCAGAUCUGGGACGCUGGUGCUGGGAAGAAACUCUUUGCCCUGGAAGGACACACAGCUAGAGUUGGAGCGUUGGCAUGGAAUGCUGACCAGUUGUCGUCGGGAAGCCGUGAUCGUAUGAUUCUUCAAAGAGAUGUGCGGACCCCUCCACUUCAGUCAGAGAGACGGCUGCAGGGUCACAGACAGGAAGUGUGUGGCUUAAAGUGGAGCACUGAUCAUCAGCUGCUCGCUUCUGGUGGCAAUGACAACAAGCUGCUGGUUUGGAACCACUCCUCGCUGAGCCCAGUACAAACAUAUACAGAUCACCUGGCUGCAGUGAAAGCCAUCGCCUGGUCCCCCCACCAGCACGGCCUGCUGGCCUCAGGGGGCGGCACUGCCGACCGCUGUAUCCGGUUUUGGAACACCCUCACCUCACAGCCGCUGCAGUGUAUGGACACCGGCUCUCAGGUCUGCAACCUGGCCUGGUCCAAACAUGCUAAUGAGCUGGUGAGCACUCACGGCUACUCUCAGAACCAGAUCUUGGUGUGGAAAUAUCCUGCUCUCACUCAGGUUGCCAAACUCACAGGACACUCUUACAGAGUGCUCUACCUGGCCAUGUCCCCGGAUGGUGAGGCAAUAGUGACAGGAGCUGGCGAUGAGACCCUACGCUUCUGGAACGUAUUCAGUAAAACAAGGUCAACAAAGGAAUCUGUAUCAGUUUUAAAUCUCUUCACCAGAAUACGAUAACUUAAAACAAAUAUUAAAACUCUAAAACUCUAAUUUGAGUGGAAUCUGGUGUCACCACUGGGUAGCUCAUCGACAUGGUGCUAAGGACAUACAGUACAAGCUAAGGCAUCUUGUGACAUUUUUCACAGAGGUAAUGGCAGUGAGAGCAACUGAGCAAGUUUUUUCAUGCUAACAAUUGUUUGGGGAAUUCUUUUUGACUUUUGUGCUCUCGUGAAUGUAGUAAUUUUUUUUUUACUUUUUAAAAGAAAUGUAUAAGUGGAGUGAAGAAAUCAUAGGCCUUACUUAAAAAAAUAUUGUGACACAAUUUUCUUUGUUGUGUAAUCUGAAAUGUGGGGAGAGCAUUUUUAAUUUUUGUUUAACUCAGGUCUUAUUUAUUUAAUGCUGCAGUGGCCUCAAUGGAGAAAAAUGCCAUCACAUAUUAUUACUAAAACAUACAAACUGAAAAUAAUCACCUACUAAGGCCUUUAUAGUACAGUGCGCCCUGUGAACCUUAGAGUACUAAGGUUGAGAGUGGUUGGCUGAAAUAAUGCAGUUUGGCUCCUGUGGACAGAAAGUCUAAUGCUGUGCAUCUAGACAUAUACUACAUGGUGGAUUCUUUGUAGUAAAGGAAGAAAUAAAAGAUGGAACUGAAGAACCGGUGUCUGACUUAAUAUAUAUUUUCUUUGUGGCAUUACAAAUACCAUACUGUUUUCUUUUGGGCUAAAUUUAGCUCAGUUGCACUUUGUUGGAUUACAUUUUGUAAUUCUGUGUUUUAAAAGUAUGAUUGUAUAAAGUCCGUUCAGCUUGUCUAACGUUACAUGAAAAAAUAUGUUGGGUUGUCAGUAAGAUAUUUCCUUUUUAAGUGGUGUGAUUUUGUUUGAUACAACAUUUAACAUGCUUGAAUUGUGUUUAUUUCACCAUUUUAUUCAAUAUCAUGUAGUUUAAUCGACUAUUUACAGAAACAGUGGUCAGUUUUACAUUUUUUAUUUACAAGAUUACGAGGUUAUUUAAUCGUGACAACGCAGGAUUGUAUAAUGAAAUGUUCAUGAUACUAACAAAAGUGAUCAUACCAUUCAUUUUCAUUGAAAAAUAAAAAAAUAAAGUUGAAUCAA